CUUCCAUCACUGAGCAUGCGCAGUGUGUGCAGAAGUUGUUGUGAAGUGGGACGCGACAGGAAUACCCGGGUGGGGGGUGUUCCUGAACCUCGACCCCGCAGUGACGUCACACCUGUCCGCGCGCUGCCUGCCUCACACACAGGCUGAUCUCAGCUCUGUGACCGGCGGACUGUGAGCCCCUGGAGAGUUUCCUUCCAGAGACGCUACAACUGCCAGAGUCUGGAGAUGAAGGGGAGGCUCCUGCUGGUGUCUAACUCCACCCUGCACGGCAGCGGGUAUCUGGACCACUGUCAGGAAAACAUCUCACACUUUUUCGGACGAGAUGUGAAGAGAGUUCUGUUUGUUCCUUACGCUCUCCACGACAGAGACGCCUACACUAAAACUGCCAGAGACAAGUUCAACAGUCUGGGUUACGAGGUGGACGGGAUCCACGAGGCCCCGGACCCCGUCGCCGCUGUGAGGAAGGCUGAGGGGAUCUUUAUAGGAGGAGGAAACACUUUCCGACUUCUGAAGAGUCUCUAUGACAACAAGGUGCUGACAGAGAUCAGGAAGAGAGUGCUGGAGGAUGGUGUCCCCUACAUGGGUUCCAGCGCCGGCACCAACGUGGCGACGGUCAGCAUCAACACCACCAACGACAUGCCCAUCGUGUGCCCGCCCUGCUUCUCCGCCCUGAGCCUCGUCCCCUUCAACAUCAACCCCCACUUCCUGGACCCCGACCCCCACAGCCGCCACAUGGGGGAGAGCAGAGAGCAGAGGAUCACCCAGUACCACGAGGAACCAGAUACUCCAAGUGUCCUGGGUCUGAGGGAGGGGUCUCUGCUGCUGGUGGAAGGAAACAAAGCCACGCUGCUGGGAACCACCAGGGCUCGACUCUUCACCAGGGGAAAGCCUACGGUGGAUUACGACCCAGGAAGUGACCUCAGCUUCCUGCUGACACAUUGACCAAUCAGAGGGAAGCAGGAUGUGAAGCCCCACCCUUACAUUACUCAGAUUGGCAUUUUGGUCAAAACUAAAUAAAUAUCUUAAAUCCAUUG